UACCAAAGGAAUCCUUAAACCAUUAAAACCAUGAGCUUUAUCACAGAGAUUUUAAAAAAGCCUCUUCAACUUCUUUAGUAAAAACAUCAUCAAGUGAACAAAAAUGUUCUAAUAAAUUCUGCUAUCAAUAUCCCAGAUAUAGCAUCAGGAUCCACACAUUGAGACUGAAACAAUCAUCAAAAAAGUUUGAAAUUAGCCCUUUGAUGGUUCUAGUGGCUUUUUAUGAAAUUUUUAAAUAUUUUCAUUACCUGUCCUUAACCAAUUUAUUCUAAAUCUUUGUUGCCAAUAAAAAAAUGUAAUCUUGAAAUUUUAUUUUGAAGGGCCUCAAUUUUAGGGUUUUUUUUCCAGCAUUUAAGAUUAUUAAUACAGUGAUUGUUUUCCGGUGGAAGAUCAGUUUGCCCUCCAUAAAACGCUGACCCUUUAUUACCGUAGCAGAAAAAUAAGAACUGUCGGCAUUAGGAAUGAGAAAACUAAUAGAAGGCUAGAUCGUGAUUAGAAGAGACACUGAGGGGUAUCUCAGUCAUUCAUUCACCAACCCAAACCCAAUUACCACCACUCUCUUAUUCACCAAUAUUCCCAUGUUGCCGAGACCAGGAAUAUAGGAUUGUAAUCCUACUACUUCAAAUUCUUCAAGUAACCACUCUCACCACAUCCUAUUCACCUUUGCUCACUUUUUUUAAGGGUCAUCUGCAAGCUUACAUUAUGGGAUCUGCUAAUGCAUUUAGUAAGCAGGGAAGUUGUCCCGUCUUGUCUUUUGGCGUAAUAGCUGAUGUUCAGCAUGCUGAUAUUCCUGAUGGUCGCUCUUUUCUUGGCGUUCCACGGUAUUAUCGUCAUAGUAUUCUUGUUCUACAGAGAGCAGUGCAGAGAUGGAAUGCAGACAAGAAGCAUAAAUUUGUCAUCAAUUUUGGGGAUAUUGUUGAUGGUUUCUGCCCAAAAGACCUAUCUUUAAGUACAGUAAAUAAAGUUGUUGAAGAAUUUGAGAAAUUUGAUGGCCCUGUCUAUCAUAUGAUUGGCAAUCACUGUCUCUACAAUCUUCCUAGGGACAAGUUACUUCCAAUGUUGAAGAUUCCAAGUGAGGAUGGUUGUGCUUACUACGAUUUUUCCCCAAGUCCCGAGUUUAGAUUCGUCGUCUUGGAUGGCUAUGACAUAAGUGCAAUUGGCUGGCCUCAAGAUCAUCCUAAAAGAUUGGAGGCUGUGAAAAUCCUCAAGGAGAAGAAUCCAAAUUCAGACAAGAAUAGCCCCGAGGGACUGGUUGGUAUCGAGAGAAGGUUCCUCAUGUUUAAUGGAGCUGUUGGGAAAGAGCAACUGAAAUGGUUAGAUGGCAUCCUUCAGGAGGCAACAAACAUGAUGCAAAAAGUAGUGAUCUGUUGUCAUCUGCCUUUAGAUCCCGGCUCAACAUCUUUUGCAGCUCUUCUAUGGAACUUCGACGAAGUAAUGGGUCUGAUACACAAGUACAAUUGUGUAAAGGUUUGCAUUGCUGGUCAUAAUCACAAAGGUGGGCAUUCAAUUGACUCUCAUGGAAUACACCACAGAGUUCUUGAAGCUGCUCUUGAGUGCCCUCCAGAAAAAGAUGCCUUUGGAUAUAUGGACCUUUAUAAUGAUAGACUAUCACUUACUGGUACUGAUCGGAUGGAAAGUACUGAUAUGUGCUUCAGUCCUUAAUCAGACAAUUGAUAAAGUUUGGGAGACUACCAUUUUAAAGAUUCAAAAGUUGCAUACUUUCAUGGUAAAAUACCAUGAUCAUUGUCCACCUAUCUCUUUACUCUUAAGAGCAAUUGUUCCCAUGACUUUAAAUUCUUCAUUGAAUACUACCAUGUAUAAACUUUUCUUUUUCAAUUAGCCAAGGACAGUCCCAAAGAAGUUUUUCGACUAGGUAUAUUGCCAUUGGCAUCAAAGGAAGUUCUAUUAUUGUUACGGUUUUCCUCUCCCACAAUUUUAUAGAAGAAAUAAAGAGAGGAAACUAAAUGUAAAGUUUGAUCACAUGUUCGAAAUUCAUAUGAUUUCCAAUCUCUUGA